AGCAGCCUGUCCUGACACAAGGACGCUCCUCUCCUGUCCGGAGCAGUGCGCAGGGCUGAGAUCGAUCUGCCCGGGAGAGAGGGAUGAAGUCCCGGCAGGCAGCCCGGGAACAGACCACUGGGAAAAUAUGAAUGGAAAUAAUAUUUUUGUGGACAACUUUGACAAUCCUUCAAAAGGCGUAACAAGGUUAUAGUGUCGGACUGAGCGUGUUGAAAGCGGGAGCUGAUAAGCAGCGACGGGAGCGCAGAGGAUUUGUUUCUGGAUGAAUGUUUUGAUUCAGUUUCUCCCACAGAGGACUAAUUAAGUUUUAAGUCAACUUCAAAUGUUGUCAGAAAUCUAAAGACUACUUUCAUCUCCGUUACUUUUUGAGUUUCCACACACAGACUGACGUUGUAGAAACUUUUUUCUCUGGUUGAGAUGGAGCCGGAGGAGGGGAAGAUCUCUGUGUGGGUCUGCCGGGAGGAGAAGCUGGUCUCCGGGCUGACGAAGCGAACCACCUGCGCCGACGUGGUCAAAGUCCUGCUGGAGGACCAGAACCUGCAGCAGGGCGCCUCGGCAGCGAUGCUGUCCGGCUCCCCGCAGUCCUACUGCGUGGUGGAGAAAUGGAGAGGUUUCGAGAGGAUUUUACCCAACAAGACCAAAAUCCUCCGUCUGUGGAGCGCCUGGGGGGACGAGCAGGAGAAUGUCCGCUUCGUCCUGGUGAAGAACGAGGCUUCGUUGCCCAACAACGGGCCCCGCAGCGCCGAGGCCCGGGUGGUCCAGAGCCGGGAGAGCGGCGGUCCGGGCGGGGUGCUGAAGGGCACCGCCAGGACUUGCUGGACCGCCGCGGCCGCUGCCGCUAAUCUAUCCCAGGAGAAGCAGAGGCGCAUAGUCAGGAAGGCUUUCAGGAAGUUGGAUAAGAUGAACAAAAAGAAAGAGCAGGCUGUUUCUAAAGAUAAGGGCUCCGCGGAGAAGAUGGAGACGCUGGUUCACCUGGUGAUCUCCCAGGACCACACAAUCCGCCAGCAGAUCCAGAGGAUCAAGGAGCUGGACCGGGAGAUCGAGCGGUACGAGGCCAAAGUGCACUUCGACCGCAUCAAGAGACACGGGGUGAACUAUGUGCAGGACACAUACAUGGUGGACGCCUCCGCGGAGGGCUCCGUUCCUUCGGACUGUAAGCGCAAAGCGGAGCGGCAGGACGCGCGGUGCACAGCGGAGUCGGUGGCGCAGUUCGAGGAGUACGCGCGCCGGUGUGAGGAGGUGGUGCGGCUGCAGGAGGAGCUGACAGAGCGCGAGGCGCUCGUGGAAAGCAUUACCGGGGAGAUCCAGGAGGAGCUGAAUCGGCGGUGGAUGAAGCGGCGGCGGGAGGAGAAAGGAGCGGAGGCGGCGAAGGACACAGACAGCGUCUGUGAGGAGAUGUGCCUGGCAGCGUCUGGCGCUCCUGCUGUGGAGACAGAUGUGGAAAGUUUGUCUGAGAACGAGUUCGCGUUGGAGGAGGAGAGGAUCAAAACGCAGCUGGACACUAGUCUGUACAUCGGACUGCGGUUGAAGACGGACCUGGACGCCAUCAGGGGGGACUUGGACCUGAGUCUGGCACUCUGGGAGACCAGGGAGAGUGAACUUCUGGACCUACUUGCAAAAGUUGAGACCAUGGAGAUAGAGCAGGCGAACAACACACUGACUGAUGAUGGUAAGGCAGAGCUGGGUGCAGUGAGCGCUGAGGCUGAGCCGGAGUCAGCAGAGAAAAGCAGCGUCUGGGUGGAGCAGGCCAGAGGUCUGUCCAAGGCCUGCAACACAAACGAUGAGGACUCGGACACAGGUCUGAGCUCCAUGCACAGCCAAGACUCGGACAACCCACCCGUGUGCGAGUCACUGGUAUAGACUCACUUUGUUUGGAAGCAUGUUGGACUUUUAUGCAUUUCAAAGCCACAAACUCAGGGGCAGAGAAUCAGUGUUGGCAAUACUGGGGUAUGAUCUUCCCUACCCAAAAUGCACCUCAGUCCGGACACUGUAAUUCUAUAGCAAUAAUUCCUAUAUGUAGUUGCACAAUAAGCUAGGAGGGACAGCAUGCGUAGAGAGGUUUGAUAGGCCAUGCUGCUCCAUAGCUGACCUUUGACUUCCAUGAAAGAGUCAAAAAAGUACCACUUAUUAAGAGAAAUAGCCUAGAAGAGUAUUAUAAUAAGCCACUUGUAAUCUGUAGUUUUCAGCGUGAAACUAACGUUAAGGUAAACUUGAUCACAGGUUUAUAAAGAGUUAAUCACAGCUUGCUUUUGUCAGGAUACAGUCUGACUUUUCUGCUGAAGCAACUGAAAGGUGAGGCUGAGUGUUGGACUCUGUAAGUAGGCCUAAUGGCCAUGAACAGACAGGUUUCCUUUAAAAGGUCAUCAUCCAGUGUACCUUAAUGCACAGUAAACAUUAAACAUACAGUCAGGUCAAGGUGCUGUGAAAGCUCUUUCAGUCAAACAAAUGCACGAUGAAGGUGAGAUCAGCUUCAGAUUCACCUCAGCCUCUUCAAAAUAAGAUGAACAUUUACAGAAAUCAUAGCCAGUCAAAAUACUGCUACUCUUAUCAGUUUUUGGAAAAAUGAAAACUGCAGACUUUGUGGAUUAGAGUUGAAACACUCACUUCCUGCUGGCUAAGCAGUGCAGAUCACUUGAUAUUGUCCUCAGUGUAGGCUAAAGAGUGAAUAUCAUUAAAGCACAAAAAGUCCUAUUUAUUUAACAGUACGUCAGAGCUGGGUCCUGCACUGGUCAUCUUUCAAAGGUUGGAUUUAAACAUUAAAUAUCUGAUGCCUAAUUGUUGUCAUUGCAGCUCUUUUGUCACCGUUUCAUUGGUUCUCAACCUUUCUGGCUUGUGACAGUUCAAACAAGACAAAGUCAACUCUCAACCUCUCAUCAAAAGUAACAUAUUUCUAUGAGCUGUGAGCAUUUCAGCAAGCAAAGAGUGAUUUACUGCACAGAUUCUUUGUAUAAUUACAGACACCUGAAGAGAACAAAAAAAGACCAUAUACAGGUAAAAAAAAAAAGAGAGAGAAAAGAAUGGUUGAAAUUUAAGCAGCACAGACUGAGGUAUUCUGAUUUUUAGCUCCUAGUAUGAGUGAAGCUCCAAAACCACCAAAUGCUGCAUUUCCCACAAUGCAACUGGAUCUUUAAUUAAACUUUGCAGUGCUCCAUCCAGAGUAACAGGAUCUACUAUACAACUGUUUUCACAGGCUGACUGUUACGCCUCAUGACAAGUAAACUAAACAUUGGUUAGACUGUUCUUUGGGUGGCUUGUUUCUCCGCAAAAGCAUCUCACUCAACCACAAUCAAAAAGCAGAUGAGAAAAGCUUCACGCUUACAUCAAGGUGCAAGUCAAGGAAUUAUUCCCUCUAUCAGACGGACGGCUUUAUCGUUAUGGUGUAAGAAAGACAAACACACCUGGAAUACAAGUGUGAGCCCGCACAGUAGAUCUACAUUUACAGAUUACACAUUAUCUACAAUGUCAGAUUAUGUUUCUUGUCCGAUUAACAAAUUCAUUCAACGAUCUAUGGAAAACCGAGAAGUCCAAAAUCAUGUUUCAUUUGGAGCCAAGUUUUUGGCCUCCUUGGAUUUUCAUCUUCAACUCACUUGAUCACUUGAUGAUGCACUUAUUCUCAUGCCAAGUUUCACAAAAAUGCUAUAUUAAUUUAGAAACACGUCCUUUUAUGUACAUCUUAGAAUGUUGCCAGGCCUGUCCAGUUAAACACUGAUUUCAAAUGUUAUCACUCUAUUAAAAAAAUGUUAGUAGUGGUUAUCAGCAGAAGUGAAUGACUCAGACUCGAGUCAAAUUUGAUGACUUUGGACUUGACUUAACAAAAUCAAACAAGACUUGCAACUCGACUCGGACUUUAACACCAAUGACUUGUGACUUGACUUGGACUUGAGUCUUUUGACUUGAAUAUACCUGAGACCUUGAUACCUGUAACUGUGAUGUAUCAAUACUAGCAUUAUAUUUGCUAAAGAGCGCAGUAUGACUUGCUUAGGAGUGGAAAUGCAAAGUUUAAGACUUGAGACGUGCCUGUCCUAACUUUGGACUUGGUUUGAGACUUAAAUGCAAAGACUUGAGACUUGCUUGUGACCUUCAAAACAAUGACAUCCUUGGGGACAGAAAUGCUGCUGGAAACGCCUUGAUGUCUCGCUAAGGAACAGCUGGUGUUGUUGUAUGUUGGUCUUGAACAGGUCUGCAGCUUGGCAGCCAUCUUGCCUGGAUGUCACACCAUCCAUCAUCCCCUCCAUCUCCCAGUGACAACGUCAGCUCAUAUACAUGUUGUAUAACAAGAAACAGUUGUUUAACAGCUGCUAACAACAUUCUAAACAUACUACCUGGUGUAGCAGGAGCUGACUAAACAUUAUCUGUAACACUGAUAACCACUAGCAGUGCCUAUGUAUCAGAGUGAUAACAUCUGAAUCAGGUGAUUUGAGUCCAACUGUGAGUACAAACACCUGUAAGAUUGGAUUUUAAGAUGCUUUUGUGAGAAAUGACCCCAUUUAGUAAUCCCACAGCCCCCGUAUCUCUGACUACUGUGACAUUAAGGGAACUAUUUUAAGCCUCAGUUCAUUUUUUACAUCCUGGAAAAAGUUGCUGCAAAGCAGUAUUAGCUCUUCUUCCUGCUACACUCUUCCAGGAACUGCAUGGACAAUAAGCAACAGAAAAUUAAACAGAAGAUAUCAGAGUACAUUAUUUUAAGAUCAUCUUUCAUCCUAAAUCUCUCUGUAUUUUUGUCAGGCUGUUGUGAUGUCAGAUCUUACAUGGUUGACUUUGUCUAACUGUAAAAUGGUGAGAAUGAAUAACCUUGUAACACCUAGAAGUGACCAAUGAUGCUGUUUCUGUGGAGUUAGCUGUUAGCUGUAUCCAAAUACCAAAAUGACCUAUGUGUAGCUAAUUUAUGUUGUUGAUCAGGGACAGUUUGGGCCGCUUAGUCCAUGACAUUCAGCCUGUUAUGUCAAGAUAGAUGACUCUAGAUCAGCGACUCUGAGGCUACAGCAAGAGUUCUCAGAUGCACUGUGGCUGCAUCAUAAUGCCAGUCAGCACAUUAUUACACAUGACUGUUUGUGUUGAAAUAAAGAGCAAAACCUA